GGAUUUACCGCCUGAUUUAAGGUAUUUACGUAUUUAAAAAAGAAAAAAAAGAAAAAAGAAAGAAGGUAAAAGUUCUUCUUCGAUCGGAUGAUCUGAUUAAUCAGAGUUAAACGCGGCGAUUAAAUCGAUCGCCGAGCAAGAAGAGGAACGAAAUUGAGUAGAUGUCGCGUAAUAAAUUGGAACGUUUCACCUUCACUCCCCGGUUAAGGGACAUUAGGGUCACGAAAGAUUCAGCGGCCACCGAUUCCACGAACGAGGAUAAAGCGGGGACCUCUUGCUGCAAAUUGACUCCUUUGAUCAGUCUGGAAAAGAAGGAGAGCCCGGUGAAUCCGUACAAUCGCGUGGACUGGACGAAAAUGAACUCGAAAUGGCCACUUCCGGACACGAACGACAAUGAGAUCAGCGGUGUUAACAGCCUGCCGCAGCUUGACUGCGGCACGUUCUCCGGAUCGUUCGUGGACACGAGUUCCUGCUGCCCCCGGGAGAUCUUUGACAAGCACGAUACCGACGCCGUCAACAACCACAGGAGUAUCGUGCUCAAGGACGACGAGUGCUGCAAAACUCACUGGGCCAGGAGCGAACGUUAUCAGAAAAUUAAAGCGAAAGUCGCCAGGGCCAUCAAGAGACACAAAAUAUUUUUGAUACGCGGCGAGUUACCGAAAUUGAAAGAAGCUCUGGAGAAAAGGGGCUGGGUACAGAAACACGAAGCUACAAAAACGAGGGCCCUACCUUACGGCAGCAUAGCCAGCUUAGAAUCAAGAUCACUGGGCGAUUUGACCCACCCGGACGGCAGUUUGAACGAGAAAGCUGUAAUUUUCGCCAUGCUACGCCACAAACCGCCAGACUUUAUAUGGGACUGUCGAAACGACUUUGUCGAUUGGCAUCGCGGCCUCAGUAACAACACGAUUCUCAACAGAUAUCAAAAACCUUCCGUCUACACCUCCAAGCUAGGAAUGGCUCGUUUGUUGGAAGAAGCCCACUGGAUGUACGAGGAAGAUGUGUCGUCGGUGCUGUUCCCACGGAGUUACAAUCUGAGCAGAGAACCGAAAGCUUUCCUCGACGACUUUCGCUUGACCGCCGCCGCCGGUUUGUUGAAAUGGUUCGUCGAAAGAAUGCAAGACGACCAGAGUCCCCCGGAGACUGGUCACCGUCCGAUUCCAAUGAGUCGGCUGGAAUUCGCGAUGAAACGCUGCGAAGAAUUGAUCGCCCAUGAAAACCACCAGAACAUAGACAAAGACUUUGUCACCGAGUUCGAGGAGGAGGAAUGGAACUCGUUUUUGGACGAUUAUGCCGCGGCUGUGCACGAGGGCGCUGGAAUCGAGGCCACGUCGGAGAGAAGUCGAGAACAGUUGCAAAAGUAUCUGGAGCUGACGAAUCCGAUAUUGGCGAAAUUGAAAGAGAUUGAUCCGCAAUACGAGCUGAACGGAAUGAGAAACAUAUGGAUCUUGAAGCCGAGCGAACUUUGCUGCGGUACGGGCAUCAGUAUAUCGCACAAUUUGAAGGACAUAUUCCGAAAGAUAAAAAGCAAGCCAAAGGAUUACUUCAUUGUCCAGAAGUACAUUGAACGCCCGCUGUUGAUUCAGGACACGAAAUUUGACAUAAGGCAGUGGUAUUUGGUUACGAACACAUUCCCCAUGACGAUAUGGGUGUUCAAGCAAACGGGGCACUGCGGCGAGCCGUAUUACGACAACAUCUAUCCGAAAAUGUCGGAGGCCAUAGUCCUGACGAUGCUGGCCUCCCAGGAACACAUGGACAGGCGACGGUGUAGCUUCGAGCUGUACGGCGCCGAUUUCGUCGUGAUGGAGGAUCUUUCGGUCUGGUUGAUCGAGAUCAACACGAAUCCUCGGAUGUACCCGCCCAGCUCGAGAAUUACCAAACGCCUCUAUUCCAAUGUUCUCGAAAGCUUGGUGAAAGUGAUAAUGGACGUACCGAUGGAUCCGAGCGCAGACACCGGCGGCUUCAGCCUCGUGUACAAGCAAAACAUAGCCGACUUCCGGCCUUAUCUCGGCCCCUGUCUCUUCGUGUUCGGCAAGUCGAUAACGCUGCAGGAAUAUCCGCGAAAACGGGAGCGGAGGAAGAAGGGAGGAAACGGCUGGGUGAAACAGCAACAACAGCAACAACAACAGCAACAACAGCAGCAGCAGCAGACACCGCGCGCGUGGACCGCUCCGCCGAUGAUUCCACGAUUAAGAGAACCGAAAAUAGUCGACUUUAUCGACUACUUGAACACUGCCCGCUGCACCGCCGCCAACUGAUAUCCUCAAACAAAACAUAGUGACGACGUGGUUUCGAGCAGCUACUAUGGAAACUUUCCUCGAUAAAACGAUAAAACUCCCUUGUAAGAUUUAAUAAUUUUUUUUGUUGCAAUAAAGUAGGAAAUCGGAUUGAAACGUGCUUAUUGAUUAUAUCGGCUGUCCCGGCUCAAUUACGGACAAUCGACUUGUACGUCACAUAUUGGUGGUUCUAUGUGUAAAAACCAGUCGACGAGAGAAAGAGUAAAAUGUUUUCUGAGAAAAUCGAUAUCGAAUAUUAAAUAUACCAGAGUCAAAUUAAUUUCGAUGCUGGACCGAAGUGAAUAAUACGCAGAGGAUUAUUUUACGCGGGGAAAUAAGUGGGAAAUUGUAGAGUACAAGUUUUUCAUAAAACGUCUCGUUCUCGAGAAGAUUCAAUUUGAAAGUUUAUCGAGCGCGAGUGCGCCAUGCCAACGAUAUAUAUAUAUAUAUAUAUUAAUAUAUCCAAAGUCGAAAUGAAGUCUCACACGGAAAAAAUUUAUUCUUUCAAUUAAUUUUUAACACGUAGAAUGUCCAAUAUGGAAUUACUUAAAUUCGAAUCUCUGGCGAACGAGGGCGAAGUCAGAAUUGUUAGUUUUGCUGGGAAGCAUUUUUAAUAUUUAAAUUCAAAGUGAGGUGUCAGGUCCUGGUUCGCAAAAAUUGAAAACUCGCACGUCUCGCCCCGUAUUGUAACAUCGAAAUGUGCGUCGUGUUGAUCCAUAUUGCUUUGACUGUUGAAUAUUGCCAUCAGAGAGGAAUGUACUUGAAAUUUUCGAAACUCGAGAACGAAGGCUUCGACAAAAAGAAUGUCAUUCUUUCCUGUUCGACUCAGUUUUACACGCCGACGAAUCGCGGGACAGUCUCGCGAUAUAAAACAGAGAAAGAAAAGAGAAAUAAAAAAAUUUUCGUUUCCUUCUUUCACUCUCUCUCUC